CGAAGCAAAGACCGGUCAUCGUAAUUGCACAUCAGGUUACCGGUGAGAAAUCUGUGGUUGGGGGCAGCAUUAUAAGUGGCUAUGCAGCCACUGCAGCAAGCACCUGGGCCCAUGCAGCCUAUGCAAUGGAUGCCCAAGAUACCUCUAAUGAGUCCCAAGCCUUUCUCUGGAGACAAGAAGAAGGAGGAAGACUUGGACACCUGGGUGAGGACUGUGCCUACUUAUGUGAGGCACAAGCUCACAAGGCCAGAGCAGGAAGUUGUAGUGGCUGCCUCCUUUUUAGAGGGAUCAGCAGCCCGCUGGUUGAAUGGCUUAGUGCAGCAACAGGGCUACGGUCAGGAUUUUGAUGCCUGGGCUCAGGCUCAAACAUUGGAACAGUUCGUUCGGGCAGUCUACAGCAGGUGGCAUGACCCGCAAGGGGCUCAAAAGGCCACCGAUGCUAUCAACAACCUUUGUUCCCGCAGGUUCAAGGAUGUUAGAGAGCUUACAGACACCAUAGAACGUCUUCUCGUGGUACCUGGUGUGCGCUUUGACCAGCAGGUUCUCUUGACAGAUUACCUAAGGUGCCUACCUACAGAGGUAAGGACCAAACUGGUUGAUGAGGCCUGCGUCGAUCAGCACACCUUCGCUUCUUUUAGUAAGAAAGCUCUGGACAUAGAGGCGAAGUUGGGAUCUGCGCACAAGGUACCCAACGAUGGUAGGAAGAGACUGCCCCAAGAUUGGAAGAAAAAGGGUCAGUUAAUGUUCGUUGACCACGAUGGUCAAAACGACGGAGAUAGACGACUACUCAGAUCUUCGGGAGUUCACAGAGCAGGAUGGGGUUGGUGGCAUGAUCCGCAGGAGGCUCAAAAGGCCACUGAUGCGAUCUUGACACUGCACACGCGGCAGUUUAAGUCAGUAAGGGAUGCCACCGACGCUGUAGAGCGUUUGAUUUGUGUUCCAGGGGUACGCUAUGACCCCCAGGUCCUGCUAACUUCGUACCUGAGGACCUUAUCUCCGCCGCUCAGGAACCAAUUGCACAACUUUCCUUCGUUCAGCAAGGUGGCCCUAGACCUAGAAGCAAAGAUAGGGCAUGGACAGGCACCCACGACGGAAGGGAGAAAGAAGACACUGCCUCCCAACUGGAAGGCGAAGGGUCGCUUAAUGCUUGUCAACAAUGAUGGUUCAACCAUCGAGUUGGACGGCAACCUCCAGGAGGGAGUAGGUGCAGAGGCAGGUGGCGAUACUUCAGAGGGUGGAGUAGUCGCCGCCGUAACCCAACAAAAAGGCGAGCCGGUGAAAAUGCCGACAGAGAUAGAGGGAGUAGUUGCUAAGUACCCUGAUCUAUUUGAAGAGCCGACAGGGGUUGUUGAGAGGGAGGUCGUCCACGCGAUAGAGAUUAUCCCAGGGUCUAGUAUUCCAAGGGGUAGGACCUAUCGGAUGUCUCCAGGCGAGCUUGAUGAGCUUCGCCGCCAACUCAAGAAACUCAUAGAGAAGGGCUGGAUCCGGCCGAGUCUCUCUCCUUAUGGGACUCCAGUUUUAUUCGUGCCUAAGAAGGAGGAGGGAACUCUAAGGAUGUGCAUUGACUAUAGGGGCCUCGAUGCCAUCACUGUAAAGAACAGAGAGCCCCUACCGCGCAUCGAUGAUCUGUUAGAUAGAGUGCAAGGGUGUCGGUACUUCAGUAAAAUAGAUCUGAAGUCCGGGUACCAUCAGAUUGCAAUCCGGCCCGAGGAUCAACACAAAACCGCAUUUCAGACCAGGUACGGUCUGUACGAGUUUGUGGUGAUGCCUUUUGGCCUUUGCAAUGCUCCUAGCACCUUUCAGCACGCUAUGAAUCGGAUAUUCCAUGACUACUUGGAUAAGUUUGUCGUCGUGUACCUCGAUGACAUACUUAUUUUUAGUAAGACUGUCGAGGAGCACGUAGCACACUUAGACCAAGUUCUCAGUCUCCUGCGACAGCACAAGUUCAAGAUCAACGGUGAAAAGUGUGAGUUUGGCCGCACUCGUAUCUUGUACUUGGGUCAUGAGAUCUCCGCGGAAGGGUUGAAGCCCGAUGACGCGAAGGUGGCCAGCAUUCGUGAUUGGCCACGACCUCAGUUGGUGACAGAGAUGAGAUCUUUCUUAGGAAUGACAGGCUACUACCGGACUUUUGUAAAGAACUAUAGCAUUCUGGCCGCUCCUUUGACUGAUCUGACCCGCCUUGACACCCCGUGGGAGUGGACAGAUGAGUGCGAGGCUGCUUUCAGGCAUCUGAAGCAUGCAUUGACGCACUACGAAGUCUUGAAGCUACCUGAUUCUGAUAAGCCAUUUAUAGUAACCACGAAUGCUAGCCAAUAUGGCAUUGGCGCCGUGCUUGCGCAGCAGGAGGGGCCAAAGUUGAGGCCAAAGAAGAAGAAGAGGAAGAGGAAGAGGAAGAAGAAGAGGAGGAAGAGAAAGAGGAGGAGGAAGAGGAAGAGCAGGAGGAAGAGGAGGAGGAAGAGGAAGAAGAAGAGGAGGAGGAAGAGGAGGAGGAAGAGGAGGAGGAAGAGGAGGAGGAGGAAGAAGAAGAAGAAGAAGAAGAAGACGAAGAGGAGGAAGAGGAGGAGGAAGAGGAGGAGGAAGAGGAAGAAGAAGAGGAAGAAGAAGAGGAGGAAGAAGAAGACGAGGAAGAAGAAGAGGAGGAAGAAGAAGACGAGGAAGAAGAAGAGGAGGAGGAGGAUGAAGAAGAGGAGGAGGAGGAAGAAGAAGAGGAAGAAGAAGAGGAGGAGGAAGAAGAGGAAGAGGAAGAAGAAAAAGAGGCAGAAGAGGAAGAAGAAGAAGAAGCAGAAGAAGAGGCAGAAGAGGAAGAAGAAGCAGAAGAAGCAGAAGAAGCAGAAGAAGAAAAAGAAGAAAGCAGAAGAAGCAGAAGAAGCAGAAGAAGCAGAAGAAGAAAAAGAAGAAGCAGAAGAAGAAGAAGAAGAAGAAGAAGAAGAAGAAGAAGAAGAAGAACAGCAGGAAGAGGAGGAGGAAGAGGAGGAGGAAGAGGAGGAAGAAGAAGAAGAGGAGGAGGAAGAGGAAGAAGAAAAAGAAGAAGAAGAAGAAGAAGAGGAGGAGGAGGAGGAGGAAGAAGAAGAAGAAGAAGAAGAAGAAGAAGAAGAAGAAGAGGAAGAAGAAGAAGAGGAAGAAGAAGUAGAAGAAGAAGAAGAGGAAGAAGAGGAAGACGACGAAGAAGAAGACGACGAAGAAGAAGAGGAGGAAGAAGAAGCAGAAGAGGAAGAAGAAGAGGAAGAGGAAGAAGAAGAAGAGGAAGAGGAAGAAGAAGAAGAGGAAGAGGAGGAAGAAGAAGAAGAAGAAGAAGAAGAAGAAGGAGAGAGAGAGAGAGAAAGGCUACUUGCAUCGAUAGGAAAAGCAGAGAGAUAGAGGAAGGCUACUUGCAUCGAUAGGAUAAACCGAAUCGAAAUAA